CCCUCCCCCGUUUUAAAGUGGGUCCCUCUCAAACACAACAAAACAAAACACAAACAAGUCAGUCACAUUUCCCAGUCACCUGAAAACGUGAGGCGUGCGCGAGCGAGCGAGCGUGCAGCGUGUGUGUGCGUGCGUGUGUGUGUGUGUAUGUGGAGGGGUGUGUACACGCAGCAAGGUGUGUAGCUCGAGUUUUGACACUUCAGCUCCAGAGAUGCUCAUAACCGGCGCACGAGCACAGGUAGCUGAGAGCUGAACAGAAGAAGAACAGAACAGCAGAGGAACAGAAGAAGCCCGGCGCGCGUACCUGGGAACGUGGACACGCGCUCCUGACGGUGUAUAUUUUUUUUCUCGGGGGCUCGUUUUCCCAAACUGAGCGAGUGGCACACUUGCCUCGUGCCCUGAGCUCGCUCCGUCCCGCUCGUGCGCGCUCUACUCACCGGCUUUCCGGUUCUGAGUCCAAGAAUCUGAGGCUCACCUGACUUAAGACUUCAAAAACAAAAGUUACUGAAGACUGAAUUCACUCAAUUCACUUCAAGCGCGAGAGAAACAUAUCAAGGAUGGACAACAGCCCAGGAGGUGUUAUACUGUAUGCUGGCUCCAACAGCAGUGGCAGCCCUAGCCCAGGGAGUCCGUCCAGUGGGUACCAGACCCAGUCACCCUCUUCGCACUCCCAGCCCUCGUCCCCAGAGGAGGUCACCUUCACCGAGAUCGGGGCCCUGAAGCAGCGCAGCAGUGGAGGGACACCCCCCUCACCCAAGCUGAUCUUCCAGUUCCCAGAGAUCUACAAUGGCUCCACAGCACCUUCUGGCCAGCACUCUUACUCGCACCCGAUCGCAGGGAAAAGGCCUUGCGGCUUCACGGGCACCUUUACCAAAACAGGAGGAAUGGUUCUGCUAUGCAAAGUGUGCGGUGACAUUGCAUCAGGAUUUCAUUAUGGCGUGCAUGCAUGUGAAGGCUGCAAGGGCUUCUUCCGCCGCAGCAUCCAGCAGAACAUCAACUACAAGAUGUGCGUGAAGAACGAGAACUGCCUGAUCAUGCGCAUGAACCGCAAUCGCUGCCAGCACUGCCGCUUCAAGAAAUGCCUGGCCGUCGGCAUGUCCCGCGACGCUGUGCGUUUCGGGCGCAUCCCCAAGCGUGAGAAACAGAGGCUGCUGGAUGAAAUGCAGAGCUACAUGAACAGCCUGAACGAGUCGGCCAGCUUAAACAUGGCCUCCUCGCCUCCCCGCGUUCCCCCAGCCAGCCCCAUGGAGAUCCAGCCCAAAGAAGCCAUCAGCUCCAUGGCCAGAGCCUACCAGGACAUCUUCCCCAGUGGUCAGGAUCGCCUGGGCAAGAGAGUAGAGCGCAUCAACCCCACCAUAACCACCAGCAGCACCAGCACCAUGCCAGCCUCCUUCCACAGCACCACUCCUCAGGAAAGCAGCUACGCUCAUCCCAGCCCUCCUGCAGUCUACCACUCCAGAGCUCCCGCCGGCUACACGGCGCCCGCUCUCUGCCCGGUCCUUCACAAUGAAAACAAAUGCCCGCUGUCCUCGAUGGACAAUCGCUGCAGCUACUCCACUUCCCCCAAUCAGAACCACGUCCAGUCCACUCUCAGUCCACCCGUGCAGCCCAAUCAAGCCCAUUACAGCAGUGGGUUUCUGCCUGGAGAGCUGCAGUCUCAGACAUCAUGCCCGUGGAAGCUGGAGGCAGGAUCCAAAGUCCUGGCCUGUCCCCUGAACGCAUGUCCAGUGUCCGUCCCCGGCGUCUCCAGUCAGCAGGUGUGGGAGUCUUUCUCACAGUGCUUUACCCCUGCAGUUCGGGAGGUGGUGGAGUUUGCAAAAGGCAUCCCCGGCUUCCAGGAGCUCUGCCAGCAUGACCAGAUCAUGCUGCUCAAAGCAGGAACUUUCCAGGUGCUGAUGGUGAGGUUCUGCUCGCUCUUCAACCCGAAGGAAAGGACAGUGACUUUCCUGAACGGACAGUCCUACUCGCUGGCUACCCUGCGAAUGCUGGGCAUGGGUUCGUUAUUGGACGCCAUGUUUGAGUUCAGUGAGAAGCUGGCGUCUCUCGGCCUGGAGUCUGACGAGAUGGCACUUUUCAUGGCGGUGGUGUUGGUCUCAGCAGAUCGGACGGGUGUCUCAGACAUGGCGGCUGUGGAUCAGCUACAGGAGGGUCUAAUCCGGGCGCUGAGGGCUUUGGUGACCCGCCGUCGUCCAAACGACCACACCCUCUUCCCCAAGCUGCUCCUGCGUCUCCCGGACCUCCGGACCCUCAACAACCUGCACUCUGACAAGCUGCUGGCCUUCCGCAUCGACCCCUGAACUGAUCACAUGACCAGCAGAUCGGCCGUGAUUGGCCAAUCGCAGCAGGAAGGAUUCUCUGGCUCAGAGGAGACUUCCUGUUUAAGGGAAGCGUGGAAGAGUGGGCCACGCUCGGGUCACGCUCGGAUCACGCUCUCACAGGAACAUUUUAUCAGGAAGGACAGACAGUGGACAGUGGACAGACAUUUAUCUCAGCUGAUCUGAGACAAGUAUUCCUUCAAAACCCGUCUGAGACUCUGAGACACGCAGAGCGUCCCUGAAACGUUUUCCAAGAAUCACUGCUUUGGAGGGAAGAAGAUUUCUUAUCGGUGUCGUCGAUCACCAGCGUAAAAACUGUCUAGAACUUUAAGGAACCUUUUUAAUGACCAGACAAAACAAAAGGGGCUCCUGCUUGGACCAUUCCUCAUCGAUAUACUGCUUUUUUUCGUUUUUUUUUGCCACCAAGACCACCACAAUAUAUAGAGUAGAUGAUAAAUGACGCAUAGGGACCAUUAAAUGCUGAGUGUAUGUAUGUAUGUAUGUAUGUAUGUAUGUAUGAGCGAAAAAAUGAAAAAAAUACAAAAAAACGAAAUAGACCAUGUACAUAACACAUAGAUAUUACAGUGAUACGUUUCAGACAUUAUUAUUAAUAUUAUUCAACACAUGUGUAACCUGUGUUAUAGUGUGACAGCUACAUUAUGCAUUAUAGCACAAUUCCAACUGUAUCAACGAGCACAAGCACUCCACUUAUUGCUUUAGUUUGAUAAAAAAAGAAUAAAAUAAAAUAAAAAAAACAACUAAAAACAGGGUGAAAGUAACGAAAGUAACAUCCAUUCAGGGAUUGAUAAAUUAACCAACGCAAGUGUUGUACGUAAUAGGGCUGCACGAUAUAUUGUUUAAGCAUCGCCAUCGGCAAUUGAUUCUAGACACAAGAAGAAAUAGAUACACAGCGCUGUCUCUGUGUCUGUGUGAGUGACAGGCUGCUGCUGCCUGAGAAGCAUACAUUUGCAAUGUAUUUUUUUUUUCUGAAUAUCGUGCAGCCCUAGUUGUAUGUCUUCAUUUACCUUUUCUCUUUACGUUAUUUGUCAUGUUGAAUACAGUACAUACAGUACACUGUCAUUACUCGUCCUUCUCUUCGGAUUUCCCUGAAUCUCGGAAGAUAAAACCAGCAAACCAGCAGCCGCCCUCCCCCAAGCAUGUCUGGAUUAUUACGUAGUCGCUUAUUUUUCAGAUUUUUGUUUUUUCUUGCUGUAAAUAUCACAUACAUGAUUUAACCCUUCAGGACUGUUCAGGACUGGUUUGGGUUUGCCAAAAGCACCUUUGCACAAAAGCUGAUUCUGAAACGAUCGAGCGAAACAUCACACUGUCACACUUUCACACAGAACAGUCCCUUCACCUGCUAAGAUGAUCCGAACUGUAUGAUGGAUUAUUGAUUUCAGAGUCAGAACAUUAUACGUCAAAGCUAUAAAGAUAUAUUUAAAUAUAUAUUUUGGGGAGUUGUGUCUGAUGGAGGUGUGGGUUUGGGUGCCUUUAAUGGAGACGUUGUUGUUGUUUGUUAAAAGAAAAGAACCCUCUCCAGUUUUUUAUUUUUAUUUUUCCCAAAGUUAUUAAAAAUAUCAGAUAUCAGAUCAUCCUGACCACCAGCAGAUUCCUCUCACAGCCUUUACUGAGAUUUACAGCUUUUAUCAGGACAUUCGGGGACUGUGGUGCAGAACGUUUGAUUGGGGCGAGAUUAUUAAUGUUUGUUAAAACUGAUGCUAUAUGAUCAUGCUGAUGUAUAUUUUGUAAAUUAUAUUCUUCCAUAGAAACGAGAUAAAUAUGAGAUUAUAUUUA